UACUGGAUGAAGGUGGGUGUUUAGGUUUCUCAAUCCCCAAACAGUCAUAGACAACAUCUUCCACUUUGGGCAUAAAAACUGUAAAGACUUUUGGAUUCACUACUUGAUCAACAAUACGAUCUACGCCAACUUCUAAAAAUCCCCUGCAAAAUAGCAUAAACAUUAAACAGAUUUCAUUUACACCAUUUCAUCAAAUAAGAUCAAUUGACUUACUGUUGAACAUGUCUCCUCAGACUUUCUCGCAGCUGAGUUUUGUUCAAGUCUUGCUGCCAUGUCUGAGUAGCAAGGAAAGUAGCGACAGUUCCAUUUACUCUUUGCUGGAGAUUCUGAUAUGCUGGCUAUACAGAUCAACAAAACAGAGUAAUACUUUGUUUGAUAGAUAAUUGUCACUUCACCAGUUAGCCAAGAUAUAUAAAAAUUUCAUACAUACACUAAAUUAAUCAUAUUCUAUAUUAUAUUAGUUGUACACAUACCUUGGUAUCAACAUCAGCCAGGCAAUCUUUACGAAACUGAUCAAAAAUACCUUGAGAUUUUAAUUUGCAAACAAUUCGGUCUACUAACUCACCGUCGACCGGAGGGUAUUGCGGGAAUGUUUCGAAUGACAUUUCAACAAUCGGAUAAGUUGACUGUUUAAUGUAAACAAUCACAACACCGACAUUAUCAUCAAAACCAACUCAGGAGGUUUCCUCAUAUGAUUAGACGUUCGAUGUUGAUUUACAGUAAACAUCAAUGCCCUACAAAUAAUUUAUUUCUCUUCCAUCUCACCAUAUUAUUAAAAGGGAAAUUCUAAUAAAUUCAGCUCCAUAACAACGUAUAAAUAAUAAGUAGUCAACAAAUUUAAACAUUUAUAACUAUUUUAAGCUGUAAAGCAUCUAUAUAGUUAAAUGUAGUGUGACGUACAUAUGUUUUUUAUUUAAAUUAUUAUGUUUGGAGAUCACAAGUACAUUAAAAAUUACAAUAAACUAAUAUUUCCAAUUGAAAGAGACGCCGUAAUGUAGUUUUGAACAAUUGAUGUUAAUUUCAGGGUCAUAUGAUCGAUUGUUUUUCCGAUUCUUUCCAAACUGUACUUCUCCUCUAUCGGCCCUGAUCCGGGUCAAAAAUGUUUAGGCACAGUGUAAAAUUUCCACUUAGUAUUGUCAAAAAGUACCCCUUAUAUGUUGAGAGGCAAUAUGUUUUUCGUCUUUACCGAACAUCAGCACCAGUCUGUAGGAAACAAAUUGAGGGCCAAAAAGAGGAAUGUCCGAACGAGUGCUGUCAUUAUUGGAACAGGUGCAGUUGUGGCAUAUGCAAAACAUGAUGAAGACUUUCGAGCCUUUCUGAGAGAUAAUGUACCAGGCUCUGAUGAAUUUAUUUCAUUUGUAACAGCUGAAGAAACUUCUCCAAUAGAUUACCUCCUUCGUGUGAUUGCUGAUUUGGCUUCUACGUUAAAACGUGAAGUGAUGACCAUGUUUGGUCAAGAAUCAGGAUCGAAAGAAAUAGUACCAUGUGAUGAAAAAAAACUACCUUAUGUCCCCCCUAAGCCCAUAUUUAAAAAUAUUGACAUGAAAGGUGAUAAACUUGAUGAAAAAAGAAUAUACACGAAAUUACCUGAUGGAGAGAUUGAGAUCACACCAGUGCCUGAACCUGAAAGAUCGAGCUUUGGUGGUGACUCAAUAACUCCUAGAGAUCUAAAGGAAUUAGAAGAAGCUAUUAAUAAUGCCUCAGAAUUGGCUGUCAAAACGUACACUGAUGCUGUCUGCGCAUUGAGAGAUCUUGCUGAAGAUAUCUACCAAUUGGUUGAUAGCUCUAUUGAAUCUGUCGAUCAUAGGGUUUGGUCCAAGAUUAAGAAGAAGACUCAAGAGAGAGAAAGGUUGAUUGCUGAAGCUGAUAAGGCACUGAAAACGGCAACAGAAAAUUCAAAGAAGUUCCGGGCAAUGCUUGAUGAUUCAGCGUUCCCAGGUGAUGAAGAUACUAAGAAUGCUGUGAAAAGGAGUAUUCGACGAAAUAGCGAAGCUGUAGCUACUGCUAAAAAAACUUACGAUCAAGAGGUAGCAAGAGCCUCUAUUACUGAAAAGUAUUGGAACAAAGUUUUGGAGGCUAGGAAGAACUUUACGGAUGAGAUAGAGACAUUAUUUCCUAAUGUGAGGAUUAACGAUAAGAAAGCAAACUUUAAUGAUGGAGAAAUGGACUUAUUCUUUCUUUACACCUACCAGAUGGUUCUGUUCUAUCAAAAAGAGCUGAAUAAGCUAGACACGCUAGGUAACUUGAGGUUGGUGCAAGCUUUGGAACAAAGUAAGCUGGGCGAUCCUCUUGCUAUAGAUGCAGCAAUUGAGCAAGAGGUGGAUAAGGAAAGGCGGAAAAUUGGCCUCGAAUUUCAGAAAAGACUUCUGAACAUAAAGGUCGAUUGUGAAAAGGCUAUGCGACUACAGCUGAAACGUCAGGCUGAAGCCCAUUCCGAUCAUCUCUCUGAAGUCGUGGACAUGAAGGAGAAGGAUAUGGAGAGGAAAAUGAAGAGAAUGUUGGAUGAGAAAUUGCAUGAAGAGAGAAUGAAGUUUAAGGAAGAGGUUGCUGCCAUGGUGGCCAGGCUGAGAGGCAUCGACGAUGUUAUGAAAUGUGAGUACUGUUUGCUUUUGUAUUCCACAUGA